AUGGAAAAGGCCGCGGCUUUUGAGAGCUCCCCGUUUUUCUCCUCCAUCCCUUUGCAGCCCAUUCCCCGGAGUUCCAUUUCCUCCGUCCGGUCCGGCCCGGUUCCGGGGAUUUCCGGGUUCGUCUCCGGGCCGGUUGAGCGCGGGUUCUUGUCCGGCCCGAUAGAGAGGAGCUUCUUCUCCGGCCCUCUGGAUAUUCACUGCGAUAAACUCCAUAGAGAUUCCAAUCCCAAUGGGAGUCAUAGUAAUGGUUUGAGCAGUGAGGGUAGUUUAGUCUAUGAUGAAGAUGAAGAAGGCAUUGAGGCGUUGAUGGCUCAGAAUGUGCAGUGGGCUCAGGGGAAAGCAGGGGAGGAUAGGGUCCACGUUGUGAUCUCCGAGGAACAUGGGUUGAUUUUUGUGGGGAUUUAUGAUGGUUUUAACGGCCCAGAUGCCACAGACUUUUUGCUACAAAACCUCUACACAAAUGUGUUCAAGGAACUGAAGGGGGUGCUGUGGAAUGAAACCAAAAACACUACUGUUCCAUUGGUGAUUAACCAUUCUGAUGUUCUUAAGGGGCCGCGGAUUUUGAGAGGUCCCUCGACAACGCCAAAGGAGUCGAUUUGGAGGGAUCCUUACCGGCGGUAG